AGCUGCCGCAUCACUGUGCAGCACAGCUAAUACACUCCUGUAUAUGCUGGUGUGCUUAAUUCUUUUUCGGGGGGGUGAACUCCUGAGGAGCGGAUGAAGAAACAAAUUUUGCUUUUGUUCACCUUCAGAGGACUAUUGUGCAAAGGGAAGAGGGGGAAAAAGAGAAAAUGGCUAAAUUUAUAUUAAGGGCAGCUGAAGCCAAGGACGUGUCUGAUAUCCUGCGACUCAUAAAGGAGCUCGCAAAGUAUGAAGACAUGGAAGAGCAGGUCAGACUGACCGAGAAAAAUCUACUUGAAGAUGGUUUUGGGGAUCAUCCUUUCUAUCACUGCUUGGUUGCUGAAGUCCCAAACGAGCAGAGCUCGCAAGGACACAAUGUGAUUGCCUUCGCCAUGUACUACUUCACAUAUGACCCUUGGAUUGGAAAGCUUCUCUACUUGGAGGACUUCUUUGUUAUGCAGGAGUUCCGUGGCCUUGGCAUCGGUUCACAGAUCCUGAAGGUCCUGAGUGAGACAGCAGUGAAGACCCGCUGUAGCAGCAUGCACUUCAUCGUUGCAGAAACCAACACAAAGUCCAUUGAGUUCUACAAGCGCAGAGGAGCAGCAGAUCUGUCCUCCGAGGAGGGCUGGCGUCUUUUUAAGAUUGGAGAAGAGGAGCUGGUAAAAAUGACAAAGGCCAAAUAGUUUACUGAUUUGUACUGGCUGCUGCUGAUGGCAAUAAUUAUGAGUGAGUUUUGAAUAAUGUUUUGAAUUAAUACCUUAAUCAUCAACCUGUAAACUGUGACAUUAAAGGUUUUGGUGUUUUCUUUUUAAUUAAUUGCCUGUAGUGCCAGGCCUUGGGAGGAAAAAGCCUGACUCUACGGGUCAGAGGUCACAGAGGGAAAAUUCUACAAUAAAAUGAACGUGAAAAAAUGUGGAAACAUAUAAAAAUCUAUUUUGUAUAUUGAUUUUGCCUUUGUGUGCAAAAAUAAACAAAUAUACAAAUAUGCCUAUACACAGUA